AUGCUCGCGUUUAAGGCAAAGAUUGCCUCGGCUGAGAAUAAUAAAAAUUCCAAACUCCUUCGCAAAUUGGGUAAUAAUGAAGCUUACCAGUUAGCGAUGUAUACACUAGAUCAAUAUCGCGGCACUUCUGUAGCCUGUCGCUAUACUCCUCCCUCCCAUCUCACAAACUCCGAAUUCCGUGCAGAUCUUGUGCGCAUGGUAGAAACUGCUAUUGCCGAUGUGGUUCUCCAACAUCCUGUCUUACAAGUUGGGAUCAUCGAUGCAGAGUCUAAGAAUCCAACCUGGGUGACAUUGCAGCGUCUUGAUCUACAUGAACAUAUUACUUGGCGUUUUCUGAAUGCAUCGGAUAAUUUCGAAGAGAUUUCGAAGGAAGUCACUGCAUCUGAAAUCGAUGGAGUAUUCCCUGAGCUGGAGAGUCGGCCGGGAUGGAGAAUAGUCGUUUUAUGCCAGGUAGGAACAAACUUGCUGGAGAUAAACUUCACAUGGAACCACCCGCAUGCCGAUGGAAUGAGCGGAAAGAUAUUCCAGGAAGAUUUGUACCAACGUCUCAAUAAACCAAAUCGACAAGAAGACAAAAAACAGGAAAGCAUAGGUUCCUCCAUUAUAAUGCUACCUGCGGCUCCACAACUCCCACCACCAAUCGAAGAGAUAUCCAAACUACCCCUCAACCUAUCGUUCAUCGCCAAAAUGGCGUGGGAAGAAUUCGGCCCUGCAUCAUUAGCAUGGACGCGGACAAGCCUAGCGAGAUGGGCACCGUUCCGCAUGUCCCCAUACCAAACCCAAUUCCGUGCAUUCGAUAUUAAAAACGACUCACUCAGCAAAAUUCUCAUCGCCUGUCGAAGGGAGAAAAGCACUCUUACUAGUCUUCUUCAUGGACUUGCGAUGGUCUCACUUGCAGCACAAUUAGACGAGAAGAUAGCUCCUGCGUUUGAGAGCGGCACAACGGUGGAUAUGCGACGAUUUAUACCUUCUAAUCAUCCGAGUUAUCCCUGGUUAAUCCCCAAGAGAACUAUGGGUAAUUAUGUGACGGUCAUGUCUCAUGAGUUCGACAAGAUGCUUGUUUCUCAAAUCUGCGAUCAACUUUGGGCUGCUGAUGACCAGAAUCCUCUUUUACCACCUAAACUUUUGCUACAGGUUUGGAAAAUCAGCGCCCGUGUCCGUGGCGACAUCGAGCACAAGAUAUCAACAGGUUUGAAGAAUGAUCCUGUUGGAGCAAUGAAAUUCGUAGGUGAUUGGCGCCAAGCAAUGAGUGAUGCGGCAAAGAGACCGAGGCAAUAUUCUUGGUGGGUUACUGGAGUUGGAGUUUUGGAUGGGAAACCGAAAUUUCAAAAUGAGGCAUCUUCUGCCGCAGAUAAUAUAGCAGGAGAAAACACGUGGGCAGUUCAUCGAGCACAAUUUGCGUUGAGUACAGAGAGUACGGCGGCAGCUUUUAUGAUCUCGCCUAUGACUGCUAAGGGAGAGAGAUUAUCUGUGGGAGUUAGUUGGCAGGAUUGCAUUUGUGAUGUUCAAAUGGGAGAGCGAGUAGCGGCUGAUUUGCAAAGGUGGCUUGGUCAGAUAGCUGAUGAGUCGUAA